CCACAGGAAAUUCACCGCCCUCUCCGCCGAAUACGGCCCCAUAUUCAAAUUCCGUGUGGGCACCAAACUCUACAUCGUCGUCAGCUCGCCGGAUCUAGCCAAAUAAGUCCUCCGCCAGCAACGGCAACCCUCCCCCACCUCACCACAACCAUCGCCGCCAACGAACCCUAGGAAAGGGGUAAGAAUCAUCCUCCUCCUUCGAUGGCGACGGAGACUCCGCCAAGUUCGUGCGCAACGACGGGAUCGGCUUAUUCGUGUUGCUGCUUGACGACGUCUUAAAAUCGCCCAUUCCAAAUAGCCCAUCUCCAGAGCUGGAAUGUCGCCGGAAUAAAAUCUAGCUAUGGCGGAGACAGCUUGAAUCUGAGUCGAUAACCACCACCACCAUUGGAUUUUCGAGACCCAUCUUCCUCUCCGUCAAAUCAAAAAAUGAAAAUCUCUUCCUACGACAGCGGAUUCCUUGGUUCACAGAACAUCGGCGAGUUCGGCUACGGAAUCAGAGUCUCCAUUGGCAUCCUCCUUCUAUUCACCAUCAUCACUCUCGCCUUGUACUUCUGUCGCAACACUAUCACCCUUUGGUCGGUUCCACCCACCGGAGAUCCAUGGCCGCUUCCACCUCAAUGCGGCUCGCUACAGGGGUUGAGUGGGAGGAAGAAAAGGAAGAGGGUAGAGGAUUUUUAAUUUAUUUUUUUAUUAUAUGAUGUGUUAUUAUUUGCUUAUGUGGCGCUGAUGUGUUCGAUGAGUUAGCGCAUUGUCAACAAACCGUCAAAAAAAUUGACGGUGUUAAUAACACCGUUAAAGUAUCUAACGGAAAUGGCUAUAUUUGGCACAAAUGUUUCAAAAUUCUGGCUAUAAGUGGUAUUUCUCCAAAUUUGGCUAUAAGUGGCACAAGCAUGAAAGUUUUGGCUAUACAAGUGUAUUUUGCCUUUUUUUUAUUCAUUAAAAGGUAUGUACUGGGAUUUGAACCAUGACCAUUUUAAAGAAAGGCAAGGAUCAUAA